AUGGAAUCGAUUUUUGAUCAAAAAGUUAUAGUAAAUAAUUAAUUUAGAGGAUUGAUAAAUUGUCCCAUCUGGACCCUAAUUAUUAAUAAAUUUUCCAUUUUAUGAUCCAAACCAUGGACAAUUCAUAAGUUGAGUAAAAUACCUCCUAAAAGUGUUUUAGCCAUAAUUUGGUCUAUUCAAUAAUUUAGGAAUAUCCUUUUCAUUGUUUUGCUCAAGCUAUAAACUAUAAUAACACGCUUAUAGCCUUUGGAUCAAAAUAUUAUAGCAAAGUAAUAUAUUAAAAAAAUGACAAAUUUAAAUAUUUACUUUAGAUAAAACUGCAUAAGAAUGUGGUCUCUACACUCAAUUUCUUUAACGAUAGAUCACAAUUAAUUAGCGGGUCAUAUGGUUCAUCUAUUUUAAUUCAUUCCUUGAAUUUGUUAUCUAGUUCCAAACAUAUAGCAACACUGAAAGAACAUACUCGUUUAAUUACUUGUUUGGUUGUGAUUUAAAAUUCAGAAAACCUUCUUAUCAGUGGAUCAUCUGACAAGAAUAUUAAAUUUUGGACACAUUCAUAAAAUUCCUGUUGGAGUUGUACAUAAACAAUCAGCGAACACCUAGAUUAAGUAAAUGGAUUAUCUCUAAAUCAAGGGAAUAAGUAAUUGAUUUCCUGUGGUAGAGAUAAGUAAAUUUUAAUAAUGGAUAAGUCUGCUGAUUAAUUUUGGUAUGUUAAACAGAAGAUUCAAGAAAAUGGAUUUCGCAUAUCUUUUAUUACAACAGAUAUUUUUGCAUUCCAGCCUUUUGAUGGAACUCAUUUAUUUCUAUACACAUUGGAUCCUGCCACUGGACUUUUCAUAAAAUCAAGAGAACUUGCAGUUUCUAGAAGUGGGUAGGCCUGCUAGUAUUUUUUCCCUUAAGUCUAUGUUGCUUCUAAAUAACUCUUAGUCUCUAAAAAUGGAUAUUGGGUUAAUUUAAUAAAAUUCAACUUUCAUUCUUAAGGUUGGGACUGCAAAUUAGAAGUAGAAUUAAACUUUGAUUAAUCAGGUAAUUUUGGAAACAUUUUUGGAACAAUAAGCAAUAAUGGAGAAUUUUUGGUUACAUGGGAUUGCAAGUCUGGCACCAUAGAGUUUAGAAAAUUAAUAUAUAAAUAAUAAAUUGAAUGA